AACACGCCAAAUAGCAUAGUAGAUGCUAAUUCUGGUAAUUUUUGGCAAGGAUCGAACGGCAACUUAAUUCUUCGUAGUGCGAUCAUAUGGAGGAAAAAGGGUAAAUAUUAAGCAUUUGCAGUUACCUUUUUUCUUUUUGGUAUAGUCGUGAGUACCUUUUGUUUUUGGUACAUAUAGCUAGUAAUGAGUAUUCUUUUUAAAUUUUGGCAUGGGGUACAUAUAUAGCAAAAGGUGGACUCAAGAAAAUUAAUGCAGUUUUCUUGUUGGCCAUGCUCAUGUUAUGCACUCUUUUAAGCGUAUAGUUUCUCAAUGGUGGCUGCCCAGAACCAACAGAAAGAAGUAUACAAAGUUGCUUCUAAAAUGCAUAUGCUGUAGAUCUCCUAGAGACGAUAUUGAGCAAAAUGGAUUCAGCUGAUCUAAUCAAUUCAACGGACCAAAAGUGGAUGACUCCUCUUACUCUUGCGGCCUAUAUAGGUAACUUUGUGGCGGUACGCGUAUUGUUACACAAAUUUACUGGAUUGGCAUACAAAGGUGACGAAAAUCAGUUCCUUCUCAUACAUGUGGCGUCCAAAAAAGGCCAUUGCAGGGUUGUAGAAGAGUUUCUCAAUCAUUGCCCCGACUUGAGGGAGUCAUGUGAUGGUGAAGGCCGGAAUAUUCUUCAUGUUGCGGCCGCGCAUGGAAGAGUUAAUGUUGUCCGAUAUAUUAUUGGAAAGCGCAAUCUUCAAGUGCUUAGGAAGCAAAGAGAUCAAAGUGGAAAUACCCCUCUACAUAUAGCCGUCCGAAACUGGCAUCCUAAGAUUGUCAUAAUUCUUUCCCUCUUCCAUGCGUAUGAGAGAGCCAAUUUAAAUAGUUUGAACAAUGCAGGUAUGACGGCAUUGGACCUUGUAGAGAAGACCGAGGUAGAUAAAGAGAUGUUCCUUCGGAGAAAACUGACACUUAUGGCCUUGAACUUGGCUAAUGCUCCACGAUCUGAAGAGCUAACAGCCGCCAAAGCAAAGCUAGUGAUAGAGGAUUCUGUUCUGAAGUCCUUGCACAAUUCUGAUAACUUAAUGUUUUCGAAAGAGAGUGUCAAUACUCUCCUAUUGGUGUCAACGUUGGUGGUUGGUAUAACGUUUGUUCAAGGCUUCACAAUACCAGGUGGAUACAGUAGCUCUGGAAAUGAUGUGGGCACCCCAAUUUUUCUUACGCAUAGCCUAUUCAAAUUUUUCUUGAUAUGCAAUACCGUGGCGAUGUGCGGCUCCAUUACUGCUUCAAUUCCCCUUAUGUGGGCACAAACGCAUGACCCUAAUAUAAUCUAUGCUGCCAUGAGAUUUACCUUAAAGGUGCUAGGCGUAACGCUUACCAUGAUGUCCUCGUCAUUCCUGGCUGGUGUUGCACUGACAGUGUAUCACGUUUUAUGGCUUCGCAUCUUUGUUUAUGCCAUGGGAUUUUUCUUCACCGUCUUCAUAGUAGGGCUCCUUGCUCCUCUCAUGGAUGUUCCAGUUUCCUACGUACCUGGCCCAACACGUGCCUUCUUAUUCUUUAGCUUUUAGCUAUUGAUGUUUGUAAGCGGAUAUAAUUUCGACGAUGAUUGGUCUAAUAGAUGGAGUUUGUAGAAUUUCAAUCAAAAUUUGUGGUAAGUGUUGAAGAUGGCACCAGUCGUUUAUCCUGUAUUACUGCCAACCUUUUCUUUUCUUGUAAUAACUACAUUUCUCUAGAUAAUACCUCUGCUUCCAACUUCCA